GUCCAAACUGUUUAACUCCAUGGAAGUCUCAAGAGGCUGAAAUAGCGGAUCUCCCCAGUAAGGUGCUGCUUCAUUAUACCCCAAAGGCCUGCAGAAACCCAAUUUGUCUUGACCUGUCUGCAAAUCUUUUACAUGGAAGACUAACUGGAAACAAAGUAGUGAACUGGGACAUCAAGGAUAUGAUCAACUGUAUUGGCGGAGUAAAUGUGCUGUUUCCAUUGCUGGAGCAGAUCAGUUUUCUUGGUGGACAGAUGCAUGAGAAGUCUGAAGGGGAAACUCUACCUCCAGAACUAGUUACUCCUGUAGAGGGAGACUGGGUGGUAUUGUCAUCCACAAAGGCAUCAGAAGCGCGCCUGGAGAAGAACGUUGUUGCAACUUUCAUCUUGAUGAUAAAACACUUUAUUCAGAGACACCAUGUUAAUCAAGAAAACCUCAUUCACUCCCAUGGAGUUGCCACUUUAGGAGCCUUGUUACAGAAGGUGCCAAGCAACUUAAUGGAUGUGAAUGUACUGAUGGCUGUACAGUUGUUGAUAGAACAAGUCUCAGUAGAAAAGAACAUGCAGCUUUUGCAAGAGAUGUAUCAAUACUUGCUUUUUGACUUCAGUAUCUGGAACAGUGGAGACUUCCCCUUCAGAAUUGGGCAUAUACAAUAUCUAUCUACAAUCAUCAAAGACAGCAGAAGACUCUUCAGAAAGAAAUAUGGUGUGCAGUUUCUUCUAGACACACUGAGGAUUUAUUAUGGGAGUGGCUGUAAAGACAGUGAUUUGGCUCCUGAUGACCUGAGAACCAUACGGACGUCCCUCUAUGGACUGAUCAAAUAUUUCCUGAGCAAAGGUGGAACACAUGAAGAAAUACAGAGCAUCAUAGGAUACAUAGCUGCUACCAAUGACGAGGAACAGCUCUGUGGAAUUCUAGACAUUCUCUUCAGCCUACUUCAUUCCAGCCCAACACCAGACCAGCUUUUUUUAUUGCUUUUUGAACCAGGGAAUGCUGAUAUUCUUUAUGCUCUGUUACUGCAUCAGAGAUACUCUGACAGGCUUAGAGAACUUGUGUUCAAGAUUGUGGAAGAGAUGCUGAAAUGUACUAAAGUUUAUGAACGUAGCAAGCACCGUAUGAGACUCAGAGAAGUGGGAUACUCUGGUCUGGGGCUCCUUCUGAAUGAAUCACCCGUUACUGUUUCUCUCAUUAAAAACCUCCUUAACCAAGUUCUAUAUGCAGAUCCUGCUGUGAAUUAUAAAGAUCUCAUAGCUGUAGUGCAUCUGGCUCAUAGAUCAGAUAUAAACGUGAGAGUGGUUAUCUGUAGAAAGGUUUUGCAUAUUUUGCAUUCCCAAUUGGAUGCAGCACAACAGAUUUCUCAGCAGCUGGGUUGGCAGGACACCUUGAUUAGACUACUCCUGAAAGAAAACUCAGAGGUCCAGAUUGGCUUUAAAGAGAACAGGGCUGAUUCCUCAAGGGAAGAGGAAAAAAAGCCUCCUGUUGAAGAGCUUCAGAAACAUCAACCUGAGAAGACAGAGGGAGACAAAAUUGGCAGCUUUUCAUCUGUUAAUGGCCUGUUUGAUCAGUGGAGUUUAGAAGACAGCAAAUCCCUGGAUGUCCCUGCUCACUUCUCUGUCAUGCCACUGGAAGAUGGAUCCACAGCAGAGAUGUCUUUUAGGUCGGAGGACGGAGAAGAAUUGUGGCACAGUAAUCCUUCACAUUUAAGCUUAGAUCUGUCAAGUGUCGACUCCUAUGAAUUGGCUGACAUUGUGAAUCAGAUGACAGAUAGCCAGCCCAGCACACCAUCACCUAUAGAGAACACAAAACCAUUCUCUGGGCAGCCUGAAAAAGAGCUGGGAGUAAUAAAUGAUGUGGGCUUCACUGCUGAUCUUUCUUUAUUUGAAAACCAAGGAGGGGGUGAUAAUGAACUCAUACAGUUACUUACAGACAUACUACUGUGUAUAAUGUGGAAAGGCAUUGAAAAGUCUGAUGAUGCUGCUUGGAUUGAGAGAGGACAGGUGUUUUCUGCACUGACCAAACUGGGGAUAUCUAAUGAGUUGCUGAGACCUUCUGAUGAAAUAAAACUCAAGUUGCUGGAGAAGAUGUUAGAAUGGUCAGUCACUGAUAACAGAGAUUCAAAAGCUCUCCCUACACAUGCUGAAAAUGCCUUCAAGCUCUUGCUAAUUGUACAUGAUUUCCUGCAGGCUGAAGGACUAGUUAAUUCAAAUUUGUGGACAGAAAAGCUCUUGGAGGAAUUAGUGACUCUCAUGGAUAGCCUGUCAGUCUGGUACUCUGCUGGACUAGAAGCAAUCAGGCUUUCCCAGGUGCAAGUCCAGUUGCUCCUUGGAUUCAUUGCACAAGAUAACUUACAGGUCUGUGCUAUGGCAGCAGCCAAACUAAACACCCUCCUUCAGACCAAAGUAAUUGAGAGCCAGCCUGAAGCAUGCUACCUCUUGGGGAAGCUGGAAGGCAUCUUGAGUAGAUCAAUUGAAGAGAAGACCGAAACUUACUCAUUUUUGAUUCCCCUUGUUCGGACACUGAUAUCCAAGAUUUAUGAACUUCUCUUCAUGAACCUGCAUCUCCCUUCAUUGCCUCCUACCAAUGGCAGCCCAUCUUUCUUUGAGGACUUUCAAGAAUACUGCAGCUCUGAUGAGUGGCAAGUUUAUAUUGACAAAUAUAUUAUUCCAAAUAUGAAGCAGUAUGAGGAAAAUUCAUUCAAACACGAUCAUAAGCAGAUGGCACUUUAUUGGAAAGAUUGUUAUGAAGCAUUUAUGGUGAACGUGCACAAGCGAGACCGGGAGAGAGGAGAAAGUAAGCUUAAAUUUCAGGAGCAUUUUGUGAAACCAUUCAACAAAAAGGCUCGACAGGAAAAUCUGCGGUACAACAGUAUGCUAAAGCAACUCAGUAGUCAACACACAGCUACUCUGAGACAGUGGAGAACAGCUCAGCUUUACUUGUUCUCUGAACGCGGCCCUUGGUCUGAAAUGAAACAGGAUCCUAUUCACUGGAAACUUUCAAAUGUGGAAAAUUUUUCACGUAUGAGACUAAAACUAGUGCAGAAUUACAACUUCAGCUCUCAUCAGGAUGCUAGUGACCUGAGAGAUAAUUUAGGUGUGCAGCAGACACAGCCCUCUAGUGAGUCUCUGCUUCUGGAGGUGGUGAAGCAGGUGAAGGUGAGUGACUUGGAAGACGAUGUUCUUGAACUACCAGAAGAAGACACAGCAGCCAGUUCCAAUUUGGAUGAGAAGGAUGAGCAAAGUCAGAAAGAAAAGCUAAUGUUGUCUGAAGACUGUGAACUCGUUACAGUAAUUGAUGUGAUACCUGGCAGGCUGGAGAUUACUACCCAGCACAUCUAUUUCUUUGAUGGUAGCAUUGAAAAAGAGGAAGGGGUAGGUUUUGAUUUCAAAUGGCACCUUUCUCAAAUUCGAGAGAUACAUUUACGUCGGUACAACCUGAGGAGGUCAGCUUUGGAGAUCUUCCUUACAGAUCAAACCAACUAUUUCCUCAACUUCAAUAAGGAGGUACGAAACAAAGUAUAUAGUCGAAUAUUGUCCCUGUGUUCUCCAAAUAUUUCUGGGACCAGAUCUCCACAGGAACUUUUUAAAGCUUCAGGUUUGAUGCAGAAAUGGGUGAAUAGAGAAAUAUCCAACUUUGACUACCUUAUUCAGCUGAACACAAUGGCAGGACGGACAUACAAUGACCUUGCUCAAUAUCCUGUGUUCCCCUGGAUUUUACAAGAUUAUACUUCAGAAGAACUGGACCUGAACAAUCCUGCGGUCUUUAGGGAUCUGUCCAAACCCAUAGGGGUGGUAAAUGAAAAGAAUGCUAAGGCUGUGAAAGAGAAGUAUGAGAAUUUUGAGGAUCCCCUUGGGAUCAUUGACAAGUUUCACUAUGGGACACAUUACUCAAAUGCUGCUGGUGUCAUGCAUUACCUCAUUCGCGUAGAACCUUUCACAACCCUUCAUAUCCAACUUCAAAGUGGCAGAUUUGACUGUGCUGACAGGCAAUUCCACUCAAUUUCUGCUACCUGGCAGGCACUCAUGGACAACCCUAAUGAUGUCAAGGAACUUAUUCCAGAGUUCUUCUACUUCCCAGAGUUCCUGGAGAAUCAAAAUGGUUUUAACUUAGGUCAGCUUCAAAUAUCAAAAGAGGUGGUAAAUGAUGUUGUUCUCCCCAAAUGGGCCCACUCACCAGAAGACUUCAUUUAUAAACACAGGAAGGCUCUG